AUGGCGGCACCAUCGAAGUCUCUCCGGACAGCCUGCUUAACACCGGUGGUUGUUGUUGAAGGGACACAAAAACAGCAAGACUUCGUACCGGAGAGCGUCCUGAUCCGACAGUACAUGACCUGCACCAUCGACAGCCUCGCAGCCAGCGGCAUUCCCGCCGAGCAGAUGCGUCUCUUCCGCUUCAAAAUCCCCUGCCUAGCAUCCACUUCCCAUCGAGUGCGGAGGGGAAUGCUCACGCUCGCGGCUAUGACUUCCCACAGCCUCUCCAACAAUCCCUUAUCAGGAGGAGAAGCAGAAGGAAGAGAGCCCUACCUCCGCACGGCACAACACCACGGCGAGAUCUUCGUAACGGAAAGCGCCACGCACAUGCAACACCUCUCCUCCCCCUCCUCCUCCUCCUCCUCCUCGAACGCAUCGAACGUGGAAGAGAACCUCGCAUGUUCUCUGCUGCUGGCCCUCUUGGCCUUCGCGUGGUUCCGCGUCCGCAGAAAGCAGGAAGGGUUGCGGUUGACGGAUCCCGCGGCUUGGAAUUGGCUGCAUCUGCUGAGGGGUGCCCGGACGCUGUGUGGGUUUGUCGUCCAUUCGCCACAUUUGCCGGGGCAGGAGGUGGCGCGUAUGAUCUUGUUGCAUGAACGGGUGGGCGGAAGAGGUGGUGGUGGUGGACGAGAGAGCCCUCCUCCGUCGUCGAGCCAGAGCCAGAGCCGCUUGCACCACUCGCACCGAGCCAUGCUCGGCCAAUUCAUCCAGGUCUCGAGGGAAGAAUGGUCCACUACCCUCUCCCGCGCCCUCUCCCGGCAGACCAGCCUCAGUCAACAACAGAGAGAUGACCUCGCAUCGGCAAUCCAAGAUCUCCACCUCUCCGCCCAACACGUGGGAGAAGUACACGUCACGGACCCCAUGAAAUUGCUCUCCAGCUGGCCGACGCGCAUUUCGAAGAGUGUGGUGGAAUUGCUCACUUCCUGCCAUCCCUUCGCUUUGGCCGUCUACGCCCACUGGCUCAUGUUCGUCAUGCUGGGCCGGGAGACGUGGUGGAUCGACGACAUGGGCGCGGCGGGAAUCCGCGAGAUCCUCGCAAUGUCAAACAUUGACCAAUAUGGCGAGGGACUAUUGAAAUGGCCGCGCCAGCUCCUUCAUCUCUCAGGAUCCGUAUCUCAAGAACAAUCAUGA